AAUGGAUUUGCCUCGCUUUGCUUUUAGGGCGGGACUUGGAGUUCAAGGCUGGCCAGUUGUAGAGCGCGUUUCAUAACCACCUGCCAGGCGGGAAAGUUUGCGCGGCCCCGCCCCUUUCUACCUCCUUGCGCGUUACCUUAGUUUAGUGAACUUGGCGCGGUUCUUUUUUACCUCUCGUGAACGCGCAAUUGCCCUCGCCCCCUCCCCUUUCCCCUGAAUCUCGCGAGAAAACCAGCAGUUUCACUAUCGUGUUUACACUAAUUAAACCCAUUACCCCCGAUAAUCCGAACCGAGCCGAUCCGGGUUAAAUCGGGCGGGGGGUUCCGGAGGGGCCUGGACCCGCAACAGCAGAAAAUUCUCUCACGUCUCCCACAGUUUGACUUAUAGUCCCAACAUUUCGCUGCUUUCUGAGGUAAAAAAUCAAAAUAAUCGGCCCCUUAAUUUAAAAAAAAUAUAUUAUUAUUAUUAUUAUAAUCCCCAUCGCCCCCCCCCAGGAAAGGAGGAGCCACCACUGGGGGGCGCUUUCCCCCCUCCCGCCCCAUCCAUGACAGGCGAGUCCGUGCCCGGAGGGUGGGGCGCGGGGUUCUGCGCUUAGGAAAGCUCGGGGAUUUGCGGCCUAGUCUUGUGAAGCUCGGGAGACCAACAGCGAGAGGAAGGCGCGGAGAAUCAAGACCCCCCUCGAGGGGACGAGCCAGGAGAGUCUCCCCAAAAUCCGGGGGCCGAACCACCGAGGCAGAGAGUGGAAAUGAUGGAAGAGUUGCAUAGCCUGGAUCCAAGGCGACAGGAAUUGUUGGAAGCACGGUUCACAGGGGUGGGUGUGGCAAAGGCUCCUCUUACCAGCGAAUCCUCCAACCAAAGUCUUUGCAGCUUGGGUUCUCUGAGUGACAAAGAACUUGAGCAGACUCCCGAGAAGAAGCAGAAUGAUCAGAGGAAUCGAAAGAGAAAAGCAGAUCCGUAUGAAACAAGCCAAGGGAAGAACACCCCAAGAGGACAUAAAAUUAGUGAUUAUUUUGAGUUUGCUUGUGGAAGUGGACCGGGGACAAGCCCAGGCAGAAGUGUGCCCCCUGUUGCCCGAUCCUCACCGCAACAUUCCUUAUCAAACCCAUUACCUUUACCGAGUCAGCAGUGCAGCCCUCCCUCCACUGUACCAGUGAACCCAGAGCAUUCCUGCGCCUCCUUUAAACAUAUUUCCGUCCAGCACAGGUGCACACAGUCUGACCUCACAAUGGAUAAGAUAUCCGCUCUUGAAAACAGCAAAAGUUCUGACCUUGAAAAGAAGGAGGGAAGGAUCGAUGACCUGUUAAGGGUAAACUGUGACCUACGGCGACAGAUGGACGAGCAGAAGAAAAUGCUGGAAAAGUAUAAAGAACGGUUAAACAGAUGCGUGACAAUGAGCAAAAAGUUGCUCAUAGAGAAGUCCAAACAGGAGAAAAUGGCUUGUCGGGAUAAAAGCAUGCAGGAUCGCCUGCGUCUGGGACACUUUACUACUGUCCGACAUGGAGCCUCUUUCACUGAGCAAUGGACAGAUGGUUAUGCCUUCCAGAACCUCAUCAAGCAACAAGAACGUAUAAAUACCCAAAGGGAAGAGAUUGAAAGACAAAGAAAAAUGCUGGCAAAACGGAAACCACCUGCAAUGGGCCAAACCCCUCCAGCCAACAAUGAGCAGAAACAAAGAAAAAACAAGACGAAUGGAGCAGAGAAUGAAGCGUUAACAUUAGCAGAGUACCAUGAACAGGAAGAGAUCUUCAAGCUACGAUUAGGUCACCUUAAAAAGGAGGAAGCUGAAAUUCAAGCAGAACUUGAACGACUCGAGAGAGUGAGGAAUUUGCACAUUAGAGAGCUGAAAAGAAUACACAAUGAAGAUAACUCACAAUUUAAAGACCAUCCAACGCUAAAUGACAGAUAUCUGUUGCUGCAUCUUUUGGGUAGGGGAGGCUUCAGUGAAGUGUAUAAGGCAUUUGACUUAACAGAGCAAAGAUAUGUAGCUGUGAAAAUUCACCAAUUAAAUAAAAAUUGGAGGGAUGAAAAGAAGGAAAACUACCAUAAACAUGCUUGCAGGGAGUAUCGUAUCCACAAAGAGCUUGACCACCCAAGGAUAGUGAAGCUGUAUGACUAUUUCUCCCUUGACACAGAUUCGUUUUGCACUGUGCUCGAGUACUGUGAGGGAAAUGAUCUUGACUUCUACUUGAAGCAGCACAAGCUAAUGACAGAAAAGGAAGCUCGCUCUAUCAUCAUGCAGAUUGUGAAUGCCCUUAAGUACCUGAAUGAAAUCAAACCACCCAUUAUACAUUAUGACCUGAAGCCAGGUAAUAUUCUGUUAGUCAACGGUACUGCUUGUGGGGAGAUUAAAAUCACAGAUUUUGGUCUUUCGAAAAUAAUGGAUGAUGACAGUUAUAAUUCAGUUGAUGGAAUGGAACUUACAUCACAAGGAGCUGGAACCUACUGGUAUCUGCCCCCUGAAUGUUUUGUAGUUGGCAAAGAACCUCCAAAAAUCUCAAACAAAGUGGAUGUAUGGUCCGUAGGAGUCAUCUUCUACCAGUGUCUGUACGGCCGGAAGCCCUUUGGACAUAACCAGUCCCAGCAAGAUAUCCUGCAAGAAAACACCAUCCUGAAAGCCACAGAGGUGCAGUUUCCUCCCAAGCCAGUUGUGACCCCUGAAGCUAAGGCUUUUAUCCGUCGCUGCCUGGCCUACAGGAAAGAAGAUCGAAUAGAUGUGCAGCAGCUGGCUUGUGAUCCCUACCUACUGCCACACAUCCGCAAAUCCGUCUCUACAAGUAUCCCAGCCAACGCUGCAGUAGCCUCCACGUCUGGUUCCUCCAAUAAUAGCUUGUCAAACUGAGAACCCAGGACUUCAGCACAGAACAGUUAAUGAAUAAAGCAGAGGGGCUCAGUCAUUUGGCGGCUUCUGGAAUAUUUUUUUCUUCCUUUUCGUGGAGAAGUAGUGCAUUUUCAGGACAAAAAAAAAUAAAAUAAAACUUUUUUGGGCUUUUUAGAGCCACUUACAGCUGGAUUGAAUUUUGGGGUCUUGUGAAAGAACCGCUGCAGGAAUUGUAUACAUUCUUUUCAAGCACUUUCACAAUAAGACAAACCCUAAACCUUUCCUUCUUCAAUGCCAGACUGCUGGUUUUCUUCACACUCAAACAAACACCCUUCAGUCCAGACAACUGACUUACACGAAGCAGAUUUUCCAGGAGUGGAAACUUUGCCUACUGAACUAGAGAAUCCGUUGGUAUUUAAACCUGUUCUGGUCCCUUCCCAUGCUUUCAUCCAUUUUUCUUAAAGACACCAGUGCAACGUUUCAAGAUUGGGUAAACACAAUACCCCCUUCCAUCCUAAUCAUCAGUAAGAAGUCGAGAAGCUCUUUCCUGAAGCAGAAGUUUUUUUUUUUGUUUAAACCUCUCCAUUAAAGAUGUAUUAAUCUGG